AUGUCUUCCUACCUUACUCCAACUGCCUCUCUCCCUGAAGUCAACUUGGUCUUGGCUGAGUUCAACAUCCCUGAAUGUCAUAUUCACCCAGUUGAAUUCAAUGACAAGGCAGAUAAGACCAAGAAGAUGGCUACCUACACCAACAGAAUGAAGGCAGCUAGCUAUGACCAACAGACCAUUCAAAUGUUGGUUAAGGAAUCCCUGGAAGGUGAUACCAUUUCUGAAGGAGUGAAGGGGAUGAGGCAGAAGGGUGCUGUUGUUCUGUUGAGUGGUGAUUGGGAGAUCCGGCCUCUGCAUGGUCCAAACGUCUGCACAUUAGGCAAUGGCUUGCAAGUAGCAGAACCACAGAGAUGUGCCAUUCAACCCUACUCGGCCACUCCCAACACUAGAUCCCAUACCGUCCUUGGUCGAAAACCUCCAAGGAGCUUUUCGACCCAGAUACACCAGGACGGAACCAAUUAG